UGUUGCUUUGGAUGAUGUGAUGAUUAUUGAAAGCAUCCCAUUGUGUCAGCAUCAGACUAUAGAUAGAGAUGGAUGACAUUUUACUCAGUCGGGUAUAUACUUGGCCAAAUUUGAAUAUACAAUAGAGCAAAUUUAUCCGGAAAGAGAGAGAGAGACAUAUACCAUUAUUUGUCCCAAAUACCAAGACACUGCAGGCUUAGGCAUGGAAAGCAAAAUGUCUCUCAAAGUUGAAACAUUUUUUAUGGUAAAUUAUUUUAAGAUGUUUAUUGGUAAUGAAGAAUUUUAAAAGUCGAGGGAUAAAAUAUGAUAUGCAAUGUGAAAGAUGUGGAACAGAACAUGAGUCAAUAAAUCAUGUAUUCUUUGAAUGUUCUUCCGCUAUUCAUACAUGGGCUUUCUCUAAGAGUUCCUACAAGUCCAGAUAACUUUCCCAUGCAAUUAGUUUAAUCAAAUAUGGAUAGCUUGUUCUGGAGGAUUGCAUUACACAUAGAAGAUGAUCAGUUUACUAGGAUAUUAUGGUAUAUUUAGAAAGGGUGCAAUGAUAAGGUUUUUAACAGACUUUAUAGAGAUCCUAGAGACACUCUACAUUUGGUGGAGACAUAAGCAAUUCUACGGAAGAAGACUCAAAUAUUAUUGCCACAGAAUGGAACUCAGACACCGGCAACCUAGAAUGGCAAAGAGGAAAUUCGCGAACUGCCUAGCAGGAUAGAAAGAUGGUGUUUCACAUAUGGGUCAUGGAAGAAUAAUAACUUAUUCUCGGGCAAUUGUUGGUAUAGUAAUUUGGAGGGUUUUGAUGGAUUGAUGGGGGAAAGAAAUACUAAGAGCACCUAUCCCCUUUACAUGCAGAAUUUGAAGUCUUUAUAUGAGCGAUGGAAUCUAUGAAGAAUCCGAGACAAUUCCAUGUAACGUUUGCGACAUAUUGUUCUCAGUUGGUGAAGAUAGUUUCAGGACAAUUGUUAUGUAUGAAAACUUUUGAAUGUUAAAAAAUAUUUUAAUUAAUUUAAAACUCGAAAAAUUAUAAUAUUUUACCAAAAAUUUAUGUUAAAGAAUCCAAAAUAAGAUAUAUAUUUAUUUUAAAUCUCAAAUUGUUACAUUUAUAAAUAAUGUUAAAGAAUUUAGAUGUGUUACAUUUAUAAAUUAUAUUUUUUCAAAAAAAUAUAUUUUAAUGAAAUAAUUAGCAAUAUAUUUUUAUGUUUUCUUAAAAAAAUUAUACAAUAUUUUAGACCGCUUUUAUCUUCUUUUUUUAGACCGCUUUUAUCUACUUUCAACAUUUAAACAUAUGUUGUGGAUUGCUAGAUCGGCUUAAUGUACAUUUAUACCAUUAGAUUUGUGUGAUGGUCUACUCUUGAUCCGCAAGAUAUGCUAGAUCCGCAGUGCUUGAUUUACCUAUUUGAUUUACUUAACACGUUCAGCAAACAACGAAUUAUAUGAGGUUUCGAUUUUGUAUUAAGCCCGCAACAUAAAUACACAUCUUGGCCAAUUUACUUCUCACGAGGAUACUGCUUUCACCAACACAACCAUGGCCUAGAUAAGAGAACCUAACAUUACUGUGUCUAUGUUCGUCAACCACAGAGAAAGUGAUUCAGUUGCAUGUUUAUGUUAAGACUUUCCAUUAGGGUUGGGGUUUUGAUUUAGGUUCUCUUUUGUGUUAAGGUUUCGGUUCUAUAAAAGGGUUUCAAUUUUAUGUUCUCUAGAGUUUGCAUUCGGGUAAAGGACAUCCAUUAAAUCUUGCGAUUAGUAUUUAGGGAUCGUGGUUAUGUUUUUGUUAUUUAAAUCUCUCCCAACUCAUACCUCUUCACUCUUUCACAGAAACGCAACAGUGAAGACCACAAAGGGAUCCUUCCUUAGAUCAAGUACGUCCUGUGACUCCUGGUACACCUUAUUCCAUGACUCAUGGAGCUGUUGGUUCUUCUAGUGCGGCCUCUUCUGCUGCUAACAGACUACAUCAGGAGAACCGAGGACGUUUUGCUACGUGCUCCGACAAGAGAAAACAAGCCACACCUCCAUCCAAGGAAGCUCAAUGGAGCUUUGUGUUUCUGUUUAUAUCCCAGUGUAAAUUCUUUUAUCAGAGCAACAUGGCAAGAACACUACUGGUGGUAGUGGUCAAGCUAGAAGCAUGUUCCAAAUGAGAGAAAUGAUAAGUGGUGGCACAAUUUCUUUUAAAACUAAUACUGGUAAGACAAGUUUCCUAAGUACAUCAGCGAGUCAGACUAGACUUAUCUGCUGGAGAAUUGGGAGACAGAGGGGGAUAAACCUCUGUUGGUAGGUUAUAAUUGUUGAUCAAAAACACUUGCAAAAGAAUACUUAGAACACACGUAACUCCAGGCAAAUUUUUCUGCCUUUUCUUUUUGGCUUUUUGAUUUAUAUAGGAAACAAAUUGAAACUAGACGUUCCUACAAACUUGGAAACAAAUGCAUAAUGGAAAAGAUAAUGGGAAAGUGAUUCACGUUACUCUGUUAGACUGUUCCUAUGAAAUAAGAAGUGAAUAAGUGAUCUGAUUAUUCAUAAAACAAAAAUAAAAAGAGAAGACUAAGUCUGAGACUUAAUCACGAAACUUCAGCUUGAUUUUCUUGCGUAGAAGGAUCUCCCAUAGUCAGCUUUAUUUGCUGACUCAUCAGAGAGAGCACUGAGGAAGAGUGAAUCAGCUAUUGGAUCCCUCAUCUCUUCUCUUGCAGGGGAAAAGAUGCACAAGCACUGGUUAGGUCCAAAUCGUUUUGCAAAGAUCGGUAUAAUAUGCUAAGCUCUUUCUCAUUUAUUACUUCAAUUCGUUACCUCUGAAUUGUCUUACUUUUGAAUUGUCUAACUCUGAAUAGUCUAACUUCUUGUUGUUAAUUUUCUUAAAGGUGAUGAUGAGGGCUUGAAAAGUUUGACACAAAUUAUAUUUGAUCUAACCACGAAUGGGACACGAAAAUUUAUUGUCUACCUCUAAAACAGUCGCAUAAUUUUUUAUGAUAAAAUCGUCAUUUUUUUGCCACGAAAAAACGUGACUGAAUUGUGCUUGUAUGACCACUCUCUGUCACAUUUUUUUGUAAGUUCGUAUAACCACGAUUUAUUUUCGUGACUUUUUGUUGGUAUUUUCUGAUAAAAGUCCCGAAAUAUUAGUCACAGUCACAGUCAAAAUCGUUGCUAUAUGCGAUUUUUCUAAAUAUGCCCGUUUUCUUUCAUUUGUAUUAAGAAAGAGAAUCUAUUCACGUAAUUCAACUAGACUAGUCAUCUCAAUAGUUGGGUAUCAAUACCAUAAGAAGCCGAAAGAGAAUUCUCAGGAUCGGAACAACGGGUUGGGUUAGACAAUGCUGUCGUGUUAGUAACAAUCAUCAUAUGUAUUAUAUGUGGCAGACAAUACUAAUGUCCCUGUAUAUAUAUAAACACACAAUGUGCCCAAUUAUAAUGAUUAGACCGACUCAAGAAAUAAAAUGGAUAGAGUUGCAGGAAGAAAAUUUUGUAAAAUCCGUUCGAAACUUUAUAAAAAUCGCCCCUGCUUCCUCAAUUUCAUUUAUUUCUUGUCCUUCUCCUUUUUAGGUUUCUUAGCACUUAAGGUCUUUAAGCCAAGAGCGACUUCACGUCUCCAUGACUUGGACAUCUUCUUCACUUCUGUCUCUGCCAUCACCGUCUCUUCCAUGUCCACCGUCGACAUGGAAGUCUUCUCCAACACCCAACUUAUAAUCAUCACUAUACUCAUGUUUAUAGGUGGCCCGAUCUUCACCUCCUUUUUCAAUAUCUACCUGUCCCAUUUCACUAAAUUCGUCUUCCCUCAGAGCAAGAUUAAACAUCUUAUCGGCUCUUUCAAGGCAGAUCAUACCAUCGAGGAUCGCCAUCUUGACCAAGAAAAUAUUAAUGAUCGUCACGAGAUUCCUAGCCAGAUCAAUGAAAAGGCGUCUAAGUGUUUGUACUUGGUGGUUAUUGGCUACAAUCUUGUAACAAACAUAGCUGGCUCUAUGUUGCUUCUUGUGUACGUAAGCUUUGUUAAAACGGCAAGAGAUGUUCUUCGUUCCAAAGAAAUAUCAACUCUCACCUUCUCUAUCUUCACAACUGUAUCGACUUUCGCAACUUGCGGAUUUGUUCCCACGAAUGAGAACAUGAUCAUCUUUCGCAAGAACUCGGGUCUCCUCUGGCUCUUAAUCCCUCUAGUAUUGAUGGGGAACACUUUGUUCCCUUGCUUCUUGCGGUUGCUAAUAUGGGGAUUAAGUAAGACCACAAAACGUGAGGAGUUUGGUUAUAUUCUCAAGAAUCGCAAGAAGAUGGGAUACUCUCAUCUACUCUCUGUUCGUCUUUGUGUUUUCCUAGGGUUGACGGUGUUAGGGUUUAUUUUGAUACAACUUUUUCUCUUCUGUACCUUUGCUUGGAGCUCGGAGUCUCUUGCAGGAAUGAAUUGGUAUGAGAAGUUGGUUGGAUCGCUGUUUCAAGUGGUAAACUCGAGACAUACUGGAGAAACAAUUGUCGACCUAUCCACACUUUCCCCGGCUAUUUUGAUAGUAUUCAUCCUCAUGAUGUACCUUCCCCCAUACACUUUAUUUAUGCCGUUCACCAUAAAAAAGAAGAAUAAAAAAGAAGAAGAAAAUGAUUCCGGAUAUGAGAAGGGAGGAAAGAAGAGUGGGCUCCUUGUGUCACAACUUUCCUUUUUGGUGAUAUGUAUCUUUCUCAUUUCUAUCACCGAAAGGCAAAAACUACGACGAGAUCCACUCAACUUCAACGUUCUUAACAUUACUCUUGAAGUUGUCAGUGCAUAUGGAAAUGUGGGGUUCACGACCGGGUACAGUUGUGAACGGCGCUUGAACGUCAGUGACGGUGGCUGUGAAGACGCAGGUUAUGGGUUUGCAGGAAGAUGGAGUUCCAGUGGAAAAUUCAUACUAAUAAUAGUAAUGUUUUAUGGUAGGCUUAAGCAGUUCACAGCCAAAUCUGGUCGAGCUUGGAUACUUUAUCCCUCGUCUUCCUGACACAAGAUAUAUACAAGUAUAAAAUACAGUUAAUCUUGUAUGUCGUUUUAUUGGUUAUUUACUUUAUAAGCUUGUGUGGUAAUUCUUGUUAGGAGAUAAUAAUAUCAAAGAAUGAUUGUCCACUUCACCGGACAUGAUUCAUUAUUACGUAUGAAUUAUUCAGUACUCCAUGCAUUUCAAAAUAAUGUAUAUUCUAGAGUUUUUACACUUAUUAAAAAGACAAGUAAAAUUUUGACAAAUUGUUUUUUGUGUUAAGCUAUUUCCUAUGAUUUUUAACCAAUCAAAGUUCUAUAAAUACAAUUACUGUUUUUGAAAUUUAUAAUUUACCAUUAUUAUAUAUAUUGAAAAGGUAACAUAUAUAUCUUUUAGAAACAAUUUUUUUUCUUCUAAAACAUUGAUCAUUUUGAAAUGGAGGAAAUAUAAAUAAACACCCCAUCUGUUAUUUUUUUAGACAUAAAUUUAAUUUAUAAAAAAUCAUUUUUUCCUCAUUCACGUUUCCUCUCAUUACAAAAACAACUGAUAUAAUAAUAUUUUAAUAAUUUUAAGCACUUUUUCUAUAUUCUCUUCUCUAAGUCAAAACAAGUUAUCAGCAAACGAUUUUCCGCUAGCGAAAUGAAAUUUAACUUAAAUGAUCAAAACAUUUUAGUUUUACUAUGAUCAUGUAGUAAGCUUUGCAUCUAUGAAUACGAAAUGAUCAAUAUAACAGAUUAGAAGGCUUUUCCUCUAUAAAUUAUUAAAUAACCAAUAUGGUAGAUUAUGUCUUCUCAUAUCAUGUGGUAAAUCAUGUGUCUUAUUUUUAUUUUUAUUCGUAAAAUUAUGGACUUUAAUUUCUGCAUUUAAAUUUGUAUCUUUCAAUUAUCCAUUUAAACUAUAUUUAUUAUAUUUUAUAUUACUAUUUAUAAAUAAAUUUAUUAUGUCAAAUUUGAAAUAACUAUUCUUGAUAUUCCUGUUUAUGUCUCAACCUAAGGCCCCAAAGGCAUAAAUUGUUGAUCUUGGCAUCAGCGUUUGUUUCUUCCUUUUUGGAUAUUUUAGGUAUAAACUAUAAAGUCAAUAAACCGUUUGAAUAUUAUGAAAUUCUUUUUUGGUAUAAUUCAGUUAAUAACGUUAAAAAUCAAUUAAUACCCGAUUAAUAAUUCGGGUUCAGCUUGUUAUUGUUGGCUUUUGUGUUUGGAGUUUAGGUGAAAUAUUAGAUUCACAUCUAUAGUUUCUAUAUUAUUAUUCGCAAAGUGUUUUUUUUUGCAUUCAGUUCUCGCGUUAAAAAGUUAGAAUUGUUAAUAUCUUAAUGAAUAAAAUAUACAAAUUAGCCCAAUAAAAUA